AUGAUCGGUACCCUCCUCCUUCCCCUCUGCAUGCAACCCUUCCUCACCCUCUUCGUCGUCGGGAUCAUCAACCCCACUCAACCCCAAAACCCUCACAGGUCCCUCAUUAAAGCUCGGUGCACGAGGACGCUGCUGCCCGCGCGCGCGACCACCGAGAACGGGGAAUUCAUAGAGGAGCAAGUGGUAGAGGUACAGGGCUGCGUCGAAGACGAGGAGAACGCCCCAGGGGACAAUAGUUAUGAGGCCGAGUACAAACUGUGCAUUUGUGGGGUUGGUCCGUGUCGUCUGCUGGGUGGUGCACAACGAAUGCCUUCCUUCCCCUCCCGCACGGUCCCUCGGCCGUUCGAUGCGGGAGUCAGGCAGGCGGCGGUGAGCUACGACCGAACCGCGAUCGGAUGGGGUGACGACGCAGACGAAACUCACGCUCGGAUGCGGGAGGUUGACUGA